AUGUCGCUGUCACCUCCCUCCGUGGCAUCUUACAACGCUGCAGCCGUAAUGGGCUAUCAGACGCAGCAGAACCCCCAACAAUCUGAGACUCCGCCAUUCCAGCCUCAGGAAACGCUACAUGAGAUCACCUGCGCGGGGCAGACUGUUAUCCCCAGCAUCGAAGCGAAGAUCGGCAAGGGAUUUUUCUUCUCAUCAGACAAGACAUGGACCUGCUACCGGCGCAACUACUUCUCAGUAGAGUGCUCGUACUCUUUGAACCCGCAUGUUGCGGAUGGCCGCUUGUACCUCAACAGAGGCAGCAAGCAAGGCCAGGAACAGAUCCAGGCUUUGGCAAUGUCACUUUCAGCCGUGGUUGACGGCACGACCGGCAAAUCGAUCGAGCUCGUUCAACACACUCCAAAGCGCGACAAGGGACCUCAGCUGCAGAUCCAGAAAGAGAAACUGGCUCCGACGCCGCCUAGAAAGUAUCAGACUGACGUACAUGGACAUCCAAUCAACACUUUUCAUGCCCAGCCAACAAUGACGCCGCCGUUUCUACCCCUUCAGAACACUCCAGAGCAGUCUCAAGCGGAUCCAGAGCAGCACCAAGCGUACUCACCUGCUGGCGUCUCCAGCUCCUCAUACUCGCAUACCUUCGAGCGAAUCCAAUUUAAAUCAGCGACGGCCAACAACGGAAAGCGGCGUGCGCAGCAGCAAUAUUACCACCUCAUUGUCGAACUAUAUGCCGAUGUGCGCAGCCGUCGAGAGUCGAAGCCUGACUGGGUGAAGCUUGCACAGCGUAUUUCGGCAGCCGUCGUUGUGCGUGGUCGCAGUCCAAGCCACUACCAAAACGAGGGACCCCACAGCGCGAGCUCCUCUCGCGGUCCUGGCGGCCCAGGCAGCGCUUCAGGAGGCGGAAACUUGGGCUACGGAGCGGCCGGAGCACCAGGGCUGGGCGCGCGGGGUCUUGAUAGUGGCCUCGCUGGCAUUGGAGGCUCGAUGGGCGGAGGCAUGUACGGGGGCAGCCAGUACUCAUUGGAUCCAAGCCCAAUGAGCAGCUACUCCGUCAGCUCGGCAAGUUCAGUCAGCGGUGGUGCUCCUGAAAGGCUCGUCAACAAUGACACAAUGAUGGAUGAAAACGACAGCAAAGCCAUUGAGGGCUUCGAUGGAUACCAGUACUAUCCAAGCACAUUGUACGAAGCUGGACUCUCGCCUGGAGCAAAGACGCUCGGAUCAGCCUUUGGAGAGCAGGCAAGGGUCAAAACAGAGUAUGGCGGGCAUGUCCAGUUGCCUCCUGCAUGGCAGGUUGGUGGCUGCGGAAGGUUCCGGGGAACGGAGACAAGCCGUGGCUACUAUCCGGACCUGCAUACUGGAUACUAA